AUGUACUGUGAUUAUAACACAAAUUUUGGCAGCCGGCUCAGCGCUCAAGCUGUUGAUAAUUCUUCCAUCAAGAGGAGCAUCAAUCACUUUGAGAAGGAUGCAUUGUCAGUUCCCUGUGCGAAAAGGACAAAGAACGACAACUUUGCACAUUCCAAGCGGCAGCCACUGCAGGGUGGUUGUUUUCAGUUGAACAACAGUAAGGUAGAAUUGCCUUUUAUAACACCCGCACCAACUCCAGCUGAUGUAGAUAUGACAGAAAAAUCCACUCGAGAGGAGAAUCUGCCUUCACCUUAUUCUGAGACUGAGGAGUAUAUGAUUCGUGGGUACUAUGAAGAGGAAAAAGAUGUAGAUAACAGCUGGGCAUGUAUCGAGUCAGUCCAAUAUAGUUUGUACGAUUUGACGCCGGAGGAAUACGAACUGACGAAUGAAAACACUGCUGAACACGAUUAUGCAGGAAAUACAUUUACAAAUUCUUGGGGGGAUAAGAUUCCAAAGGGCCAAGUGGAACUUCAAUGUAAUUUUAAUGACACCUGUUGUAAUGAUUCAUACGAUAUAAAUAUGAGAUAG